AUGGAGUUGAAUGGUGCCGGUGCCGCUCGGAGAGUGUUGUUGGAGAAGGCGAAGAGGGUUUGGGUGAAGACUGUCUGGAGAAGGGAGGGUGUUGGUCUCUUUGGAAUCACAUCGACCUCCUUCAGUCGACGUCGACGUCACCAAAGAGGCAACUCGAUCGGCAGAGCUGCUUUGGAAUCACAUCGACCUCCUUCAGUCGACGUCGACGUCACCAAAGAGGCAACUCGAUCGGCAGAGCUGCACAGCUUCUCCGACCUCCCUUCACCACCACCCUCUCACGUCUCACCAACGCGCAACAAAACAUUCUGCGUGGACGAUAUUCUGUUCACACCAUCUCUGAGUCAGGGCAUCGCAGCAAUCUAUGUCCAGAGCUUUCCAGUCAAAGAAUCCUCAGACGAUCCGGCAUGGGAAGUGCAAGAAACACAUCAUCAGGCCAUCGUCUCGUCCACGGUCUACCAUGACCCCGGACGAGAUGUCCCAAAUCACUUCGCGGCCUCAUUGCGAGCACGUCAGCUCAUGCUGCGGAAGCUGAGCUCCAGGAUUUCGAUCGGAAGCACAGUUCGGAAAUGGCUGGGAUCUAGCCAUCGUGCGGAGGAGAACUGCACUCGAGCGGGCACAAAGGCGCUGUCACACAUUCGUGCUCUUCACAGCCCCGGCUGUCUGGAGGCUCUGGUGGACGACCAGCGGCUUAGAGAAUUGCUAUUCCCCGAAGAUCCAGAGCGAGACUCGCAAACAGACAACGAAUUCCUUUUGUACUUGUCUGGAGAGACUGGAAGAUUGCCAGAUUUGCUGGUUGCAUCCAUUCAAGCUCGGCAUGUGAUCUACGAGGGCUACGCAAUCGACGACAAGAUGGAAGGUGAAUACAAUGCGCGAGUGCAGCGUAUGGACGACAAUGCUGCGGCUAUUGAGGAAUGUCGUCGCGCCAAUGUACCAGAUGAAGAUCCACAAAUUCAUGAGAAGCUGCAAGCGGACGCUCAGAUGGCAGUUCAGCUACGAGAGUAUGUCGACCAAUGGCAAGCUCUUGAAGACAGCCUCAAAACGGCGUUCAAGCAGGCCCAUAUAUAUGACAGCCAGGUUAUGCGCGCAGCUUCCGAGGCCCUAAGAGGCACUGAGCUCUUAGAAGGGAGGACCGAUCUGUCAAUCCUUCGUCGUCAGCUCUUCGAAGGCGAGAAAGUUCCUUUCCCGUCUCAAGCAACUUCCUCAAUAAACAGUGAAGCGGCGGCAGAUGAAACUCAAGAUGACCGUUCGCAAUCAUCUCCUCAGGAAGCAGCAAAGCGAGAAAGAAACAAGGCAUGGAAGGCAUAUGUCGAUGCCCAAGCCCUCCUCGAGGAGCAUCUCAAAGGCUAUCAUGCGGCGCUGGACCAACACAAUAACGGACAAGACCCUGGAAUUGCCGGAUGGAAAAAUUCAUGGUCUACUGUAGAAUUCGACCUUAACCGGCUCCAACACGGCCAAGAAAUGACGCGCAACGCAAUCGAAAGCGAGAAUCGCUUGCUUCGUGCUCUGAAACAAAUGAAAUUCGCAUUCCCCGACCAAGCCGACGAUGGGGAAUUCUCGCCCAAGUCCCAGGCUGAGACUUGCAAAAGCGCCGCGGUUGAAGAUUCAAAGAUGAAGCCUCCGCCAUCUACGACGACGAUAUACCUUCGGACUCCGAAGAAUUGGGAGUCUGAAAGUGUCACGGCGGGUCAGACUUAUGGCAAAAUUUUCCAGAAGAUACGGCCGAGGGGACCGGGAGGUGGGACACUUGAGGCUGUUUCUGAAUUCGAGGAAAGUGAGGAUGCUUUCAAACACCAAAACACCUUGUUGGAUGAUGAAAAUGAACCAGGCGUUCAUUUCCAGAAAUGCGUCCCCUCCAAUCAGCUCACAGUCCCAGGACUGUUCUUCUUGCAAGGACAAUGCUUCAUUUUACUCCGCUCCGGUGGUAGAUGGGAGAAAUCAAUCAUGGAAAUCUCCUUGCCCAGUGCCACGGAAGAGUACUUCAAUGCGUACUGUUUACAAAACUUAUAUGUAGUGCUUACUGCCCGCGAUAAUAAAGCUCUGCUAUUCUUGCAUCUGCACCGAUAUCACAUUCCUCAUCAAUGCCUCAUCUUCGUUCGGAAAAUCUACGCACUUAUUGAGGACGCGACCGUCUCCUGCAGUGGACCGCUCCGGGAACGACUGCGAGGCAAAAUACCGGUUCUUGGCAUCCGAAAUGAAACGCGAGAUGUUGAAACUUUAAAAGUCUCGCAACAAGAAAAAGCAGUCGCCAAGCAAACACGAACACGACAUCGGAACACGACAUCUCACAACCACCCUCUAUAA